UCUCUAUGACUGUCAACAAACACUGAAACUGUACCGAGCUCCACCGACUCAACGCAGGCGUGAUGUCGCGCUGCAGACGUUCAGGAGUCACGUCGUCGUCCUCAAGUUCAGUCACGCACGCGUGAGAGGUUCCCAAACGACGCGGACUAGACGAAGUACAGACGUGCUGCGGGACACCGAACUGAGUGAAGCGCCGCAGCGAUGGAGAACUACUGCAGCGCUGACGAGCUGCUUCCCUUCAAGAGAAGAAGCACGAUGUCCAAACUGUCUCGUUCGUCCGGUCCGGCUCCACGUCACCGGUCAGACAUAGAGAACAUGGUGGAGGAGCUUCAGAGAAACGGGAGGACGGUCAGCGAACAGGACCAGGAGCUGUCGGGCCAAAGGAAACCAGCGUUAGUCAGGUCGAGGACCUUUGACCACUCGCUGCUGACUCAGGUCCAGACAGACUGCGACUCCAAGACAGACAGGAAGAAGUCUCACUACAGCCAGCUUUCCAAGAGCAACUGCCAGUACCAUAAAAUAUUCAAGGAGAUCAGCAAAGAGGAACAGCUCCGACAGAGUUACACCUGUGCUCUGCAGAAAGACAUCCUCUACCAGGGACGCAUGUUUCUCUCCGACCACUGGAUCUGCUUCCACUCCAAGGUGUUUGGCAAAGACACAAAGAUUGCCAUCCCGGUGGUGUCCGUCAAUCAAAUCAAGAAGACCAAAACUGCCAUCCUGGUGCCAAACGCUCUGGUGAUCGCCACCGCGAACGACAGGUACGUGUUCGUGUCUCUCAUGUCCAGAGACAACACCUACAAGAUCCUGAUGUCCAUCUGCCUUCACCUGGAGGAGAAGAGUCCAUGCAGUAGCCCCAUCCCCAGAGUUCAGAGGUCGCCGCUGACGCCUCGCUUUCCUCUGCAGAGUUUUUCCGGGGACUUCGUCGACCUGGACGGCGCCGUGAGGCAGAGGAGGCAGGAGACGGAGGAGAGCAGCAGCUCCGACUCUCAGACGGCCGACUACGAGAAGUUAGCAGAGUUCCCUGUUCCUCCCUUCCUGGACGUGCUGAAGCACACGGACCGAGCGGAGCAUCCGGACCAAAACCAGAACCAGCAUCAGAACCAGAACCAGAACCAGAACCAGAACCAGAACCAGCAUCAGCAUCAGAAGAACUCAGACAACAAGAAGCACGAGACACGUCAUGCUGGCUCAGACGUGUUGAAUCUGAAACCAGUUUCUCUCAACACUCUGCUGUUCAUCUACCUGCUGCUCGUGUGUGUCCUGGUCCUGUCUUCCUGUUACUUGGCCUUUAAGAUCGUCUCGUUGGAGCAGACGCUGACGGCCCUCGGCUCCGUCGCAGAGUUCCCUCACCAGACGGAAAACAACUUUCUUCAGGGAAGCUCCGACGUGAACACAGAGAUUUUCUCCGAACUGCUGACGAUCAACCUGAUGAAGCUGGAGAAGGUCGGUCGGUCGCUCGGUCGGUGUCGUGCACAGACUGUGAAUAAAGAUGGACGACUGACGGCUCCUCUAGAGUGAAGCCAAAUCAUCACGAUCGCCCCCUGGUGGCUGGCUGCAGUAGGGGUCAUAAGCCCCGCCCCCACAAUGCUCAAUUGUGUCGAACCAGUCUCUUUUUAAUCAAAAAGUAGAGAAAUCAAUUAAAUUAUUUGUAAUUGACGACCCUAAACAAUAACCUUUUAAAAUCUUCAAAUCAAAAAAGCUGAAAUGAAACUUUCCAUCAUGACAAUUAAGGAAGAGGAAGAGUUCUGCUCAUUUUACUCGAGUAAAAGUAUUAAUAACUACACUGUAAAUAUAUACAAGUAUAAACCAUGUAAUUAAAAGUUUGCAAAGACAAACGUGCAUCAUAUUUAAUAAACUUAGUCUGAGAAGUAAAUAGUAACUGUAGUGGAGUUCAUGUCGCAUUAAAUAGAAAUACUACUUCAGAAAAUACUUGAGUAAAAGUACUUAGUUACUCUCAGUGGGUGAAUUUGUAUUGAGGAUCUGAAACCACUCGACAGGAAAGAGACGCUCCGUCACAAGUUUCCACAGUGAAACCAGAAGCUCGUUGCUGUUGAUCAAACAUUUAUGGUCAGAGAUCAGCUGACAGAGACGAAGAAGAGCUGAAAGAGUCUGAACCACAUUAACGUUUCAUUACAGUCAGAAUCAAGAGGAGAAAACAAAUAUAUAUUUCUUUUUAAAUUAGAGAGAGUGGGAAUAAUAUUCGGGAACCAGGUCACUUGGCUUUAGAGCGACCUGCUGCCACCUGCUGGUGGUUUUACACUCCGUCUUUUCAUGACGGAGAAAAGCUUCAUCACGCUUUUGUCCUUUUCACGCUCGGACGACUGCGACGCACUUUUUACAUGAUGUAUCAUCAGUACCUAAAAAUCACCGCUUGAAACAUAUUUUAAAAUAUUUGACAUUAACUCCCUUCAUAAAACAUUCUUUGUGUGAAUUAAAAUUCAUUUCAUUUAUUGUUUUGUGAAGCACUUUGUAGCUUUGCUGAAAAAAGUGUUACAUAAAUAAGGCUUAUUAUCAUGAUGAUGAUUAUUAUUAUUAUUAUUAUUAUUAUAUGAUUGUUAUCGUGGAGGAGUUGAGAGUUACAGUAACACACUGCCUCUUC